UAAUAAGAUGCCAGGAUAAGCAAAAUGCCAGGUUUCCCCAGGUAAAGAGGGCCCCAUAUUCAAAGAAAUUACACAUCGAAUUAACGGAUCAUGCAGAUCCUGACUGGUUACGAAUGUAAAUUCAUUUAUCAUAUUGUGUCGUAUCUCCGAGAUAACAGAUGACAACGCACCUCCCCUUUCCCGUUCCUGUUUCAGGUCUAACGGAUAUACGUCGUUACAUUACUUAUAUUUAUAUAAUUACUUCAUGUUAGUGUUGACCGUCUAUGGGUAGAUUUUGAAUAAAGUACUAAUAUUUGUUUCGUAUUUUGUUUGCUUUCAGUGCAGUAAUGGCUGAUAAGGAACAAGUUAUACAAGCUCUCCGGGCUACUUUAAUUUCCGUGAAAGGAGCUCUAACUAUAAAACAGUGUAAUCGCGAUUAUCGCGAACUUCAAGGAGAAUGGAUACCUUUUAAAAAGCUUGGAUAUCCAACAUUGGAGAAGCUUUUUUUAGAUGUCCCUGGCUUUAAAGUGAAACAAAACAAUGGAGAGUGGUAUGUUGAUGCUAUAGCCAGCCAAGAAACACAACAUAUAGCAUCUAUGGUGGCACGACAAAAAUCAAACAAGAAAAGCACACCCAAGUUAAAUUAUUUGAACCGACUGCCUAAAAAACAAGGAUCAUGGCGAAAACCGGUCUCUAACAACUCAUUUAAUUAUGACAACCAGUACUCCAACCAAUACUACAGACCGAAAGGUGGCACGCCUUAUAAUAAUAACUACAAGAACGUGAAGUAUAACAAUAAAACGAACGAAACGAGAAAUAUUCCUUCGAUUUUGAAACAAACCACGAAGAAUUCGAGCAAUGAUUACCCAGACAAAGUUUGCUCUAAAAACUCGACCACACAAGCACGUGAAAUUAAUACACUUUCUGAAGAGUUUAAGCAUUCCAUACGAACAAAUGAUUCUGAAGUUAAGUCCAGUGGGAAAGCAUCUGCAUCACAGAGGCUCUCGAACUUAAGAGACCGUUUAAGUACUGUUGAUCUCAUACCGUUACAACUACCAGCUGCAAAUAACGAAUGCGUGCAAAAUACUCCUCCUGUCCGCAAUGUGACACCAGCACAUAAGCUCGAGCCUCCACCGGACUCCACCUCAUCAGUUAUGAAACUUGAAUGGACUUGCAGAAAAUUAGGACUUCCACAACCUGUGUACAAAGUGCACGACAUAGGACACAAACGAGGCCCCCUUUUCUACGCCUGCACAGUAAAAGUUGGCACAUCGUAUUCAGCGUCUUCAUAUCCAGACUCGUCACCGACGGAAGAUCUGGCGAAAGAAAUGGCUGCGGUCAAGCUAUUGACUAUUAUAGAAAGUUCGGGGGCGGAGGGUAAACCCACUUCGUCGAGUAGCAACGCAAUAUCUAAUCUUAUUGAAUUGGUGUCGGAGCACGAAGCUGGUCUUUGGGCAAGUACAGUGCCGCACAUGUACAGAGCAAAAUAUGGAGAAAAUUUACCUAAAAACUGGCAAGACUUGGUGGAAAGUUGCUCCCUGAUCAUUAAGGACAGAGUUGUUAAUGGACUUUUAGUUCUUCUUCCCAAUAACCAGGAAUCAGUACCACUGCCGUCAAUCGAUAUGAGUGUCCUUGAAGAUACUAUUGAUAGUGAUUUACCGGCGCUGCAGUUCCCUAAUGAUGAUUUUUGGAACGUAUAUGUUACCGUGGCAAAUUCGACGCUUGAAAUUUGGCUAAGAAUUAUUGGGCCGCAAUAUAGUGACGCUUUUGAAACACUUCUAGCUGAUAUGGCUAAAUAUUAUGAGCGUUCUGGUUCGCCUGUCGACAGAUCCAUGAUAAUUAAAAACGCAUGGUACGCGGUGAAUUUGGAAGAUGGUGGUUGGCAACGUGCAAAGAUCCUGGAUAUCAACGAUGACUCCGCCACAGUGUUCCUCGGAGACCAUGGUGACGACGAUGUCGUAUCUCUUAAUAUGAUCAAAAUAUUGGAGCCGCAAUUCAGAAAACUACCAGCUCAGGCCAUUCUGUGUCGGCUGGAGGGCGCGGAGGAGCUGGCGGCGAGCGACGCGGGCGCGGAGCUGGUGCGGCGCCGCCUGCCCGGCGAGGUGCUCGUGGCCGCGCCCGGCCCGCGCACCGACCCCGCCGACCCCGCCGUCGCGCUCGUGCUCUACGACACCUCCACGCAGCGCGACCUCAACCUCAACAAGGAGAUCGUGCACGACUUCUGCAUCGCCGGCGCUUUCACCGUCACCCAGAAGCCGUGCGAAGUGGAAGUGGGGUGCGUGACGGAGGAGGGGCGCGUGUGGGUGUCGCGCGCGGGCGGCGCGGAGCUGGUGCGCGCGGCGCUGGCGCUGCUGACGGCGGGCCCCUACCGCCGCCCGCUGCCCGCCGCCCCGCAGGCGCCCGCGCCCAACCACGGCACGCUCUACAUCGUGCGCACGCUCGCCGGCGACUGGGUCAGGUGCACAAUCAUAAGUGGUUUGGACGGCGAGGGCACCGUUAGGACGCAGCUGGUGGAUAGCGGGCUGAUACUCCGCGCACCGCUCUCUUCCCUGGUGCCACUCCAGACCUUCUCGCCAGCUUUGAAUGCCUACCCAUACCAGGCGAUGCAGGUGCGGCUGGGGCAGGCGGAGCGCGCGGCGACGGGCAUGGUGUCGCGGCUGCGCGAGCUGCUGCUGGGCGCGCGCGUGCUGUGCCGCGCGCUGGCGCCGCCCGCCGCGCAUGCGCCGCACGCCGCGCCCGCGCCGCCCAACGUCGAGCUGUUCGUGCGCACCGCCCCGCAGAACAUACUCGCCUCCGUCAACAACGCCAUUCUCUUGGAGUACGACCACUUGCAGCUAGGCAAAUUGAAGGAUGAGCAGAAGGAGACGACAAAUCACGUGGAGGCGCUGAACCGCAAGAAGGAGCGCAUCUUCCGCAGCUCGGUGAGCGACGAGCGCCCCGAGCGCGCCGAGCGCGCCGCGCUGCCGCCGCACGCGCUGCCCGCGCCCGACCAGUGCUUCGACGUCUACAUCGCCAUGGCCGCCAACCCCUGGAACUUCGUCGUACAGCCAAAUAGCACUAGACCGACUCUGCAGACUAUGAUGACGACGCUGCAGAUUGAGUGCCCCAAGUUAUCGGAACUGGACGCUCCUUCGAACCCUGUCAAUGGAGAAUUGUACACUGCAUUCUACGACAAGGAUUCAUCGUGGUAUAGAGUAACAAUAGCGGGCGUAGUGUCUUCCGAGAUGGUUUCGGUUUACUUCUGUGACUACGGUGACCUGGCCCUGUUGGCGACGAAGGACCUGCGGCCCGUGCCCGCCGGCGCGCCGCUCGCGCGCUCGCUGCCGCCGCAGGCCAUUAAGGCCCGUCUCUUUGGUGUGUGGCCUCUUCACCAAGACUGGACUGUAGAAGACUGUAUUAGGUUUCAAGAAUUAUGUGUGGAGCAACAAUUUGUGGGUAUCUGCAAAGAAGUUGGCAAAGACCCGCUUAAUCCAAGCGAACCAUUGCUAGUACUAGAUCUUAUUGAUACCUCAACUGAUGAAGACAUAUAUCUCAACAAGCAGCUAGUUCAUGAAGGCAGGGCGAGACUCGCGUCAUCUUCCUAAAUAUUUAUAAUUAAUCUUUAUUCCUAUACUAUUUUAAUGAUUUAAAAAAAUCUGAAUGUAACAAAGUAAAGAACAUCUUAUUUAUAACUGAAGACCGAAGUGUAGCCCUAGUGUCAUAAGCAUAUUAUCAAAUAUCGGUUAGCCUCAGUUUUUUAAUAUAGGAAUUAAAAUUUUAAACUUCAAAUUGGACAGUUCAUAUUAUUAAUAUCUUUUUUUCCGUCCAGUGAGUUGAUACCAUGUAUCAAAGUGUUACAUUCAGUUAAAAAAAAACUAUGUUGAUGUCUUGUUAUGUUUUAUUGAUGUUAUUUCUUGCAAGAAUCAUUUUACACCAUGUGAUGAUGAUGUCAAACUUGUAAUUUCCAAUACUGUAUAUUCCAAUAAAGACAUUAUUUAUUGUUACUUCAAACAACACGACCCCAUAACAGGCUGACCCCAUUAUAUAUCAAUAGUUACAUUUAAUGAACAUAUUAAGAUGGUUUUUCAUAUCAAAUAUUUCAUUUUCUUCAAAUAGGCAAACAAUCUAAAAUAUAAAAUUAAUAUUUCUAAACGGGGAUCAGAUUGUAUGGUCGGUUUUCUAUAAUUAUCUAGAUUAAAAUUGUAUUCGAAGUAUAUUCAUAGGAUUACGAUUGUAAUGAGCAUGUGAUAAAUCUACUUAGACCUAAAUACGAAUAAGAACAUAACAUGCUAGAUACCCAAUAUUAUAUUGCAUAAUAAUAGUAGCCAAUGUAUUUAAAGUUUAAACAUUCAGUUAGUAUUUUGUGAUCAUUAGAUCUAAAUUAUUAGAAGAUGGGAUUCUAGAUAUUAGUAAAAAUAAUGAAGGACUGCAUCAGUUUCCUAUUUAUUAAUUAAAGCGCGUGUUAAAUGUUAUUGCAAUUUUAAAUAUGGAGAUUAAAAUGACAAUGCAAACUAUGGAGCAAUAUUUAAAACACAUUUAUGCCGUUGCGACGAUUAACACUGUUCUACAUGCAAUUUGUUACUAUGUUUGAAAUAUAUAAAACACAACAAUGCGGUCAUUAAAAUACCUAUUCAAUAUUUAUGGCGAAGAUUGCAAAAUAUGAUUUUUUAUAAACGAAUUCCCUUUUUAUAAACUGAUGCAGUUUUUGCUACUUACAUUAAAGUUUAACAGACAUAUUACUGUUGGCUAGAUAGCUUAUAAUCCAAGUAUAAUCUCAACAUCAGCAUGCACGUGAAAAAUAAAACCUAUACUAUCCAA